CGUGUAUAUGUCCGCCAGUAAACGCAUACCUUCGUCAUCCCCCAUGUCCGCUAAUGUUAAAUGCAAUCUGUCCUGUCACAUAGUAUUCAUAAACCUCCAACAAAACCUUAACGUUGCUUGACCUAAAGAGACAUUUCAGAGACAAGCAUCAUGGGUGAACCACAGCAGGUUAGCGCCCUGCCUCCUCCACCAAUGCAGUACAUCAAAGAGUACACGGAUGAAAAUAUCUGCAAGGGUCUGGCUCCCAAACCACCACCACCUAUCCGAGACAGUUACAUGAUGUUUGGCAACCAGUUCCAGUGUGACGACCUGAUCAUCCGCCCUCUGGAGAGCCAAGGCAUCGAGAGGCUUCAUCCUGUGCAGUUUGAUCACAAACGUGAACUCAAGAAGCUCAACAUGUCUAUCCUGGUGAACUUCCUAGACCUUCUGGACAUCCUUAUUAAGAGUCCUGGUAGUAUAAAGAGAGAAGAGAAGUUGGAGGACUUGAAACUUCUGUUUGUUCACAUCCAUCACCUGAUAAAUGAGUAUAGGCCACAUCAAGCCCGGGAGACUUUGAGGGUGAUGAUGGAGGUGCAAAAGAGGCAGAGACUUGAGACGGCAGAGCGGUUCCAAAAGCACUUAGAGCGUGUCGUUGAGAUGAUCCAGGGGUGCCUUGCCUCCCUGCCGGAUGACUUACCACAGUUGGAGGAAUCUGAAAGUGCUGGAGAUACGACAAGAACUGUGGCUACUGGAAGCAGUGUUGGGUCUUCUGGGCAGGGUCCAAGACUGAAAACAGAGCCUAUGGAAGUAGAGGAAGCAGGAGCAAGCUGUAUGGCAGCUUCUCACCAGAACAAGGGUGCACCUACAAUAAAAAAGGACAAAACAUGGGACAAAGAUGCUGCCAUGUGCAGUAUUAUUGAUAAAAUUGCGUAGAUUUUUGCGAAUGUGGACAUUUUUUGUAAGCUUCUGCAAAUGAUUUUAACAAUGUUUGUGUAAAAAUGUGGGUUAUGUUGUCAUUGGGCUAGAAUACCAGUUAUCUUAUGAAUUUAGUAUAUUUCAAAGCGUUGCAUAUAUUGCUGUAUGGCUGUAUCCAUCCAUGCAUUGUCUGUAAUGAUUAUGCCAGGCAGGACUGCAGAGGAAACAUAAUUUAAAUUACACAAGAUUAGGGUGGCCAACUUUCCUUUUGUAAUAAAGCCAAUAAAAAUAAUCUUUCUCAAACAAUAGU